AUGACCUCUAAAGACUCGGAAAAGUGCAACAGGGCAGCGGUCUACGCCGAGCCGGGGACCGUGAAGACAGAAGUGGUGGAGUUGCCAAUCCCGACUCCUGGCCCGGGAGAGAUCUUGGUUCGACUGCUAUACUCGGGCGUCUGCCAUACAGACUAUGCAUUCUGCAUGAACAAGAUCUCGAGCCUCCCUGUACCCACCGCCAAGGGUCAGGUGGGAGGCCAUGAAGGCGUCGGUGAGGUGGUCGCCCAAGGUGCCGGCGUCGAUUUCCCAGAGGUAGGGGAGAAAGUCGGUAUCAAGUUCGCUGCUGAUGCAUGCUUGAGCUGCACAAACUGCCUUGAGGGGUUCGAGACCGGCUGUUCCAAACUCAAGGUGUCCGGAUACUACACACCAGGGACUUUCCAGCAGUAUUGCCUCAGCACAGCGCGCUACGCCACGCCGAUCCCGGAAGGCAUCGACCUCGUCACAGCAGCUCCGCUCAUGUGCGGAGGCAUCACCGUGUACGCCUCCCUGAAACGAUCUCGAGUGCAGUCUGGCGACUGGGUUCUCGUCUCGGGAGCCGGGGGUGGUCUCGGCCAUCUGGCUAUCCAGUAUGCCAAAGUGAUGGGCGCGCGGGUCCUGGCCCUCGAUAUAGGAUCCAAAGAGGCCCUUUGUCGCGAGGUCGGAGCCGACAACUUUAUCGAUGUUUUGCAGUUGAGCGCUGAACAGUUGGCUUCCCGUGUCGGGGAGAUAACCUCUGGAGGCGCGAAAAUCGCCAUGAUCUGCACAGGCAAUGUGCAAGCGUACGAGCAGGCUUUGUCGUGGCUUGGCUUCCGUGGGACACUGAUCUGUCUCGGCAUUCCCGACAAGGAGGGCGCGCUGCGUCCGGAGAUCUCACGCAUGAUUGACCGAGAAAUACGAAUUCAAGAGCCCUUCUCAGCCUACAAAGCUAGUAACCGGCUUGAGGCCAAGGAAUGCCUCGAGAUUGCGGCAAGGAAAGGGAUCAAGGUUCACUCUCAGCUGAGAAAGCUAGAGGAACUUUCUGAUGUGUUCCAGGAGAUGGAAGAUGGGAAAGUCAAAGGCAGAGUGGUUUUGGAUCUAUCCUAG